CUCCCCCCCACCCCCCUCUCUAAAAUGCAGAAGCUCCAAGCAUUGUUGUUAGUAUUAUUCUUCUCAGCAAGCUACGACGCCGUUUUGUCUCUCUCUGACGGUUUAUUGCCGAAUGGUAACUUCGAGAAAGGCCCAAGGCCAUCGCAACUGAAAGGGUCGGUGGUAGUGGGCAACGAUGCAAUCCCCAACUGGACGACGCAGGGUUUCGUCGAGUACAUCAAAUCCGGCCAGAAGCAAGGCGACAUGGUGCUGGUGGUGCCGGAGGGAUCCCACGCCGUCAGGCUCGGCAACGAAGCUUAUAUCAAACAGAAAGUGAAGCUGGUGAAGGGUGGCUUCUACUCGCUAACGUUCAGCGCGUCAAGGACGUGCGCGCAGGAGGAGAAGCUCAACAUCUCGGUGGUGCCAACGACAGAGAAGGCGGACUGGGGAGUGAUUCCGAUUCAGACUAUGUACGGUAGCAACGGGUGCGAGUCUUUCUCGUGCGGGUUCCGAGCGGACUAUCCGGAACUGGAAAUCGUGAUCCACAACCCGGGAGUCGAGGAGGACCCGGCUUGUGGCCCGCUUAUUGAUUCCGUUGCUUUGAAGCUUCUUUACCUUCCAAGGAGAACCUCAGCGAAUCUGUUGAAAAACGGGAACUUUGAGGAGGGCCCCUUGAUCUUGCCCAAUACAACAUGGGGAGUUCUAAUUCCGCCUCACAUCGAGGACGCUCACAGUCCUUUACCAGGAUGGAUCGUCGAAUCUCUCAAAGCCGUAAAAUACAUCGAUUCCGACCACUUCUCGGUGCCGGAAGGAAAAAGAGCCAUCGAAAUCGUGGCCGGAAGAGAAAGCGCCAUCGCACAAGUGGUCCGAACCAUCGUCGGAAAGGUGUACGACCUGACGUUCGCCGUGGGUGACGCCAGUAACAAGUGCGAAGGAUCAAUGGUGGUAGAGGCAUUCGCAGGCAGAGACACAGUGAAGGUGCCGUAUGAAUCUAAAGGCAAAGGAGGAUUCGUUCGAGGGAAGCUCCGAUUCAAAGCAGUGUCGCCACGUACGCGUAUCAUGUUCUUCAGUUCGUUUUACACCAUGAAGAAUGAUAACUCUGGUUCUUUGUGCGGGCCAGUGAUUGAUGAUAUCAGAUUGCUCAGCGUUCGUUAUCCUAGACGGGCUUGAAAAUUCCAUCUUGUACCAUGCAUCACUAAAUUUUACAUGCCAGCUUCUUCUUGUUUUUUUUUUUUUUAAAAAGAAAAUUAGAUCAUCAGGCACUAAUAACUUGACAUUGUAAAAGCAUGAUCGAAGUUGCAACUUUCUAGUUGUAGAAGAGCUUUUAUGUCA